CAGAAACCAGCUCAGUCUACGGUUUGCAUUUCCACCUGCCAUUUAGCAGCCAUUAUGACAUACGUACCUAAUCCAGAUGUGAGGCUGCGAGUAAUUGGCCAUGCAUAUAUGUAAAGUUAAUCCUGGGUAGGUCCACCGGCCAAGCAAACUACACCACCCGUCGGUUCACUCUUGAAUCUUGACGUACUUUUGCAACGCUAUGGCGAACGUGCUCUUGAGAUGCACUUGGGAUGGCGGUCAAGGUCCAGACCCCUGUCGCUCAGAUGGAGCUUCGCAAUACUCAAUCUAUUAGGGUUGUUUCCAGGGUCGCACUAUUCCGUCUUCGUGAAAGUGAUCAAUUUGACUUUUGUCGGAAGGUUCAAGAGGAGAGUACCAGAAGCUCCAGUGGUUCGUCUACCCCAAUGGCGGUGGAUACAAAUAGUCAAUGCUCUGUGCGAUACGACAUUGUACAAUCAUCCUUUAUCAACAUAUAAUCGGGGUUUGGUUUUGGAAUCGUGAUUGUUACCCACAGGAGCGAAGCGAAUUGUCCCGCCAUCACAAUGCCGUUUGUUGAUCACAUCACAUUGCAUCCGAGAUCAGAUCACUCUGAGGGGUAACCAUCUCGCAUGCGUCAUACCGGUGUUGGCCCACUAUUUCCUCAGUCGUUUGACUCCGCAGUUUUCAAAUCAUUGUUGCUAUUGUCAGGAUUAUAUGCUCGGUCGAUGCGGAACAGUGCGACAGAAACCCCCUGAUUUAGGGCAUGUCCUACAUAGUUGGCAUGAAUGCCUAGUUGUAUCACAGUCACGGUGACAGUGUAUCGGCAGAUAAGGUCUCCCUAGCUUGGGCGACAAAGUAAUACUUAGAAUAAUCGCCAUAUUCAAAUUAAGAUGCUAUCGGUUGUUUUGAAACCGAUCUAGGUGUAAUUGUGCCAGGCUACCGCAGGUCAUCC